AUGGCUUUCGUCGCCAGAGCUCUAACAUCAGCUUUGAAUUAUUACAAAGAUAUAAAUCCCUCGACGCUGACUGGUGCAAUUGACGUUAUCGUUGUACAAAGGGAUAAUCCAGAGGAACCAGAUGGAAUUGAGCUAGCGUGUACUCCUUUUCACGUUAGAUUCGGUAAACUCAGUGUACUCAGAGCAGCUGAGAAGAAGGUUACGCUGCACCUGAAUGACUCAGAAACACCUAUAGAGUAUUCUAUGAAAGUUGGUGAUGCUGGUGAAGCUUUCUUCGUCUUUGAAACGGAUAUUGAUGUCCCAGAGGACUUACAGACAUCCCCAAUCAUUUCUCCGAUUGAUCAGAAUGAAAACAGCGUACCUGUCAGCCCCUUACCUCAGGCUAUAGAUCAAAACCUCAUCCACGACUUAGACUCCCCUGAAGAACCCGAGCCACUCACCCUUAACCCCAACGAAUCUCAACUUGACGAUAACAACAAAGACGACAACCAAGGCUCCGGUGUUAUUCAUGACGCCGCCUCCGCCGUCUCUAAAGUCGGUACCGCUCUCGUUGGCGGCGCUGCACAAGUCGGCAAUUUCCCCGGAAGUAAGCUCAAGCGGUCGCAACCUUCGAAAUUAGACGUCAACACUUUCGAAAGGGACGAAGAGCCUUCCGAUAAGUACCUUCCUCAAUACGAAGCUAAAGGUCCUUCCGUUGUAUAUGCAAAUGACGUCGUACUUGAUUCAGAAGGAUACAAGCAGUCCAACGAGGACUCUUAUGACGAUAUAGACAAUCGUAGUGGUGAAUUUGAACCUGAAGCGGAUACGGUUAGAGAGGCUUUGCAUCGCGACGUCGAGCAAGAGAGAUCGGGUAGUCGUACACCUGAGGAUCUCGCUUUGGCGACUUUUGGUUAUGAUUUACUGACGUCUGCACAUGGGAAGAACUUUUCUCUUGCUCCAACUAAGCAGAGGCACAAGGCACACAAAGAUAUUGAUGAUAUAGAUGGCGUCGACGACCAGGAUAUUAUAAAUAAUGGCAGUGACAAUUACGUUGCACCUAAUCAAGAUAAUUUUGAUGUUGAGCAGCUCAAGAAUAGUCUACAUGGUUUGUCAUUAUCCAAAACAAACUCCAAUCAACCUCCUGAAGAAGAAUACACAUGGGAAUGGGGUGGUUUCCCAACACGUUCAACACAAGCUACACCUGCUGUUGAGAAAACAUCCCUUGGUUUUAACCACAUACCGACUAAAUCUGAGGACAACGCUAGCACCAGUGCAUCCAAACCAAGACCAACAUUGAAAUGCGGUGAAAAUCAACAUCAGUUUGUACUCGAGAUGGAGAAUGUCAAGCAUGUGUUCGAAAUAGCAGUUUUCAAUCACAAACAGGACGAAAUCGACAGUGAGCAGUUCGAGAAGAACAAAAUCUCUUUCGAGAAGUUUAUCAGUGAUGUGAAUAUCGUCGAUAGCAAGGGAUUGGUAUGUAGGUACAACAAUAGCUACCUCGAUUGGUUCUCCUCAGCACCUGUCAUUGCAUCGUUGGCUAUCUACAGAAGAUCUUUAAUUGAACCUAUUUUCGCCGGUCAUAAAGACGACACUGAUGUAGAUGUUAGUAAGAAACCUAUGCAUCAACCACGAAUGAGUGAAAGUGGCUGGUCGAGGUGGUGGUCAAAGGCAAAGUCUGAUCCUGAUCUUGCUGCAACGGCUGCAUCUCAAGCGCAAAAGAAUGAAAAUGAGGAACAAAAACCACGAAAUCAACAAGCUGCACCGGAAAAGGAUAAGAAACACUACGCUAAAACAUUACGUCUCACUUCUAAUCAACUCAAGUCACUUAAUUUGAAGAAAGGUGUAAACAACAUCACCUUCUCCGUCAACAGUAGCUAUUCUGGUGUCGCUAUGGCUACUGCUAGAAUAUUCUACUGGAAUUCUACGGACCAGGUUGUAAUAUCUGAUAUCGACGGUACAAUAACAAAAUCUGAUACUUUGGGACAUGUGUUCACUAUGAUAGGUCGUGACUGGACGCAUAUCGGCGUCGCGAAACUCUACACCGACAUAGCUCAAAACGGCUACCAAAUACUCUACUUAACAUCACGAGCAAUAGGCCAAGCUGACACAACGCGGGAAUAUUUGAAAGGGAUCCGACAAAAAGAUCAUCAGCUACCUGACGGUCCAGUUAUCAUGUCACCAGAUAGAUUGAUGGCGUCACUCCACCGCGAAGUGAUUAUGCGUAAACCUGAAGUGUUCAAAAUGGCAGCGUUGCGGGAUAUACAGAGAGUAUUUGAUAAGAAGAAUCCUUUUUAUGCUGGUUUCGGUAACCGUAUUACAGAUGCCAUGUCAUACAGAUCAGUGAAUGUCCCGUCAUCUAGGAUAUUCACUAUCGAUAGUUUCGGUGAAGUGAAGAUGGAGUUACUGGAAUUGGCAGGAUAUAAAUCCUCCUACAUUCAUAUGACAGAUUUGGUAGACCAAAUGUUCCCGUCUAUCAACAACGCAUUUGAGCCUGCUUUCACAGAUUUCAACUACUGGAAGCCGGCCAUACCUGAUGUGGAGCUACCUGAUUUGUCACCACCUAGCCCAGCACUCAGCACACGCAGUGAUCAGAGUACUACUUCGAAGUUGGGGAUGUUCUGGCCUAGCUCUCUAGCAUCGAGUUUGAGUAGAAGAGGGAGUACUGCUACUAGUCCAAUAAGCACCGCUCAAGACGACCCAGAAAAGAAGAGUAGAAAGAGUAGAGCAUCGUCACCUGACGCCAGAUUUAGUAGAGCUACUUCCCCAGUAUCUGAUUUUGUUUUAUCUGAGGAGGAGGAGGAGGAGGAUGAAGAUAGUGAUGACGACCAAGACGAAGACGACGACGAGGAGGAGCAUGAAUAUGAUACCAAUGACGUGGAUGAUCUUACUUUUAAUAACUCAGGUAUUGUCAACAAGUCAAACAGCAUGGGCGAGAGAUCGACUACGUCAAUCGGAGAGGAGAUGGAAGAUGACUUUGAUGAGGAUAUUUUAGCAACAAGGGAAAUGAAUCAAGUACCUUUCCUCUGA